UCCGCAAUCUAAUAAUCAGAUUUAUGCAGGUGAGCAGCAUUGCAAGCGUCUAUGCGGAGGGCAAUUUCUUCCAUGACAACAUACGUGCAAAGCCUGACCUGGAUGCACUCGGAGCUCUCGGCGAUAUCGGCUGGUACUGCAUCCGCGCCAUUUUAUGGGCUUCCAAUUACAACUUACCCAAAACCGCCGCAGCAUUUCCCAACCCCGUCAAGAACGAAGCUGGAGUAAUUCUCUCAUGCGGAGCUUCUCUGCACUGGGAAGACGGAACUGUUGCAACCUUUCACUGCUCCUUCCUCGCUCACCUCACAUUUGAAGUUAUGAUCGUUGGAUCCAAAGGAACUUUAUCUCUCAGCGACUUCGUGAUUCCUUUUGAGGAGAACUCUGCGCCUUUCACCUCUGUAUCAGAAUCUGGGUUCAAGGAGCUUGUGAGGGGAUGGACGGCGUUACCCAGUACGAAGGUUGUGCCGACCGAGCUUCCGCAGGAUGCUCGGAUGGUGGAGGAGUUCUCUAGAUUGGCUGGAGAAAUCAGAGAUAAGGGAGCUACGCCUGAGAAGAAAUGGCCGGUGGUUAGUAGGAAGACGCAGGUUGUGCUUGAUGCUGUAAAGGAAUCCAUUGACAAGGAAUUCAAGGUUGUUGAGAUUGUGGAAUGAGGAGGAGCUUCGUCAUCCUGCUGGAAGUGAGUUCACUUUAGUUUAAUCCGCUCAAAUAAGUGUUCUGUGGGUUAGUUUAAGAUAUCAUCACUUUUGUUGCUGUGUGGUCGAAUGCAGACAUGGUUACUGUUAUAACUAAAGCAUACCGUCGAGCCUUUUUUCUUUUUUCC